GUAUAAAAGAUAUCAAUUUGAAAUUUUGAUUUAUACCCUAGCUCCAAUUAUUCCAGCAAUCAUAUUUUGCCUGAUGAUAGUCUUUGCGGGAAAAUAUAUGCAACAAAGGUUUAGGCGGAGAAAAACAACUACAAAGAACUUUGUUGAUAUUCCUCCGUAUGACAUAAGUAAACACAGAAUGCAUCACUCGAACGGCAAUCUUCAGAACUCAGCAUAUUAUAAAACAGAAACUGAAAAUUAUAGUACCAUAAAAACAGAAGUAGACGAAAUCAAAUUAUCCGCAUUUAGUCAGGAGGAGAAAUUCGAUGACGGGGUGUAUAACAAACUAACUCUCCGUGUAACCGGAUAUGAGGAACCAAUCGCACGGAAACAGCUCACGAGGAGAUAUUCCGAUUCCUCGUCGACAUAUAUGAAAAGUUCCGACUUCAGUUUACGACGAACUGAGGAAGUACACAAUCCCUUCCAGAAACACAGAAGAUUCUCAUCAUUACGAAUGAAGAACAUACAUAAAGAAAACACUGGCGGUGAAAUGAAUCGUUUACAUACAAUGGAAGCUGGAGAACGUAAUGUAUGUCUAUCUUCAACGAAAAGUGAGGAAUGCUUUCCUUUAGCGUUAGAUGGGGAAUAUGUUUAUGAUAUGGCUAAAUUUGAAGAACGUAAUGAGACAGUAGGUCUUAACCACAGGCUGUUGUUCCUCAAAGAGUUAUCAUCUCAUCUUCUAAAUCAAAAAAAUAAUAUAAAGAAAAAUAUGGAGAUUCCGGAGUAAUUCAAUUUCUUUUCUUUAGUUUUUGUAUUUAAAGAUUGAUACUAGUAUACACAUUGUACAACCUGCUAUUUUGAUCGUAAGUAAAAAUACUGUUACAUAUCACAGUACAUAUAUGCUAAAGAGUCUGACUUUGAAAACCUGAAGAAUUCUUUCUUUAAAAUUUCAAGUCCCUAUAUAUACCUAAUAAUUUAAUUCUUUCUAGUUCUUACAUAUUCUUACUGGUAAAAUGAUCAAUAUUUACCUGUACAUUCCUUAUUUAACGGGUCUUUCAGUCUUAAAACAAGUAUCAAUGCUCAGUGACUAUAAGUCUCAUAUGGUUAUGUAAAUAACAUUCUACAUUAAGAUAAACAUGUGUAGUGUAGAAAGACCACUGAUUAUAAAAUGCGCACCGUUAUUAGCAGAUUUGUUUUUGUUUUUUAUAUAAAAGCAGAAUUUAUUAAAAGAAAGCGUUUCUUGUUGCUUUCAAGUCUAUAUUUAGUUAUAUCGACGACGUAAUCAUUUGACAAUGAAAGCUACUUCAUUCAUUUGUAGGCCCGAUAUAUUCCUGUAAACUUGAAAUGACAGUAACCACAGAGGCUGACACAUUUGUUUCAUAUGUAGAUAUUUUACUACAGAAAACCGUUAGGGUAAUGCUAACAAGUUAACAACUAAAUGUAAUGCUAGCGUGAUGACUAGUUUUGUUUUCAUCCCAAACUUUCCCUAAUAUAAUCCAUCAAAAAACUAGCUCAGUUGACUUGGCUUCGGCCUUUCAUUAAUAACAGAGGAACAUAAUAUACAAUAUAUCCUUACACCAAUACAUGUAUCUGGGGUUUUAUUUCACAUUCGAUGCACAAAAGCUUGUUAAAUGUACGUAUGUUUAUUAAUUCAGACAAAUUAUUGACAAACAAUUUGAUGAAAAGUCUCGUUUAUAAAAGUCUAAAACUAAAUUGUUUAAGGAUUUCUCUGUCACAAAAAUGACAAGGGACACGCGACGCGUAAUUUGUAGGUAAUGGAAUGCUUUCUCUUUCCUCACACCUGCUCACACCCCUGCUGUUUUAAAGGUUAGUGUUUGGUCCAUUUCUUAUUUGAAUUGAUUUGAUGGACUUUUAGGCUUAAGGUCAUU